UCCGAAUCUGCUGCCUGUAUCUUUCUCCACGGCUCCUCGGCUCUAUUGACUUGCAAAGCGACUGGUCGGUCGUUGCAAGGAAAGAAUGGAGGAUGAGGAGCCGAAUCUGAGCGCCGAGGAGGACGGAGCGGACCACCUGGCGGCCGGCGACCUCGGCGGGUUCGAACCGACGGAGGACGAGCUGGUGCUCCACUUCCUGCGCCCGCAGCUGCGCGGGUUCCCGCCGCGCGUGGCGGGCGCCGUGCUGGAGGCGGACCCCUGCGCCGCGGCGCCGUGGGAGCUGCUGGCGCGGUACGGCCUGCGGGACCAGGGCCACUUCUUCGCGGCGCGUGGGCGCGGGCGCGGGCGGCCCUCCGUGCGCCGCGCCGUCGCGGGCGCCGGCGCCUGGAUGCACAGCUCCACCCGCGCCGGGCGGUCCGUGACGGACCUCGGCGUCGUGGUGCGCUGGAGCCGGGUCAAGUUCUGCUUCUACGCGGGGGGGCCCGCCGGCGCCGGGCAGGGCCAGCAGCGGAGCACCGGGUGGGUGAUGGAAGAGUACGAGAUCACGGACCCGCGGUGCUACCGCCGCUGCGACGAGGAAGGGGAGGAGGACGACUACUGGGUGCUCUGCCGCGUCAGGAAGAGCAAGAGGCCCGCGGCGGCCUCCCCACCUGCCAGACAGCGGUGGCGCAGGCUCGACGAGCUGGAACCGGAUUCGGGAGCGAAGGCGAAGAUCUCACGGCCGCUGCGCACGUGAGAGCACGAGGUGAGGCGAUGAAUAAAGACGCCAUUUUACCUUGUUAUCUUCAACCUCCCGCCUGCCUGCCACAGCCUUUGUUUUGGGCUGUUGGCUGCUCUAACUGCAAAAUCAAAUGGCACGCACAUGUGUUCAGUUGUGCUCUG